AUGAAUACAAUUUUGCAAAGAUUGAAAAAAAGAAAGAAGAUAUGUGCACUUUUAACGUUCAUAACUAUUUGUGAAUAUUACGAAACUCUUCCUCGCAGAAAAAUCUGGGUGAAACCAUGGGUGGCUAGGAGGAAGAAAAAAGGUUGCCAUCAUAAUCUUUUUUUAGAGUUGCAGUUGGAGGAUCCAAAUAAAUUUCGAAGAUGCCUUCGAAUGAGUACAGAGAUGUUUGAAAAUCUUGUUAUUAAGCUAACGCCUUUAAUUCAGAAACGUGACACACAUCUUAGAGAAAGCAUUUCACCUUCAGAGAGGUUAUCAGUGACAUUGCGUCACUUGGCAACAGGUGAAACUCAGGAAUCUCUAUCUAUGAAUUUUAGGCUAGGGCAAAGCACUAUUUCAAAUAUAAUAAAAGAUACAUGUCAUGCUCUAAGAAUUAUUCUUGAACCUUUAUAUCUAAAAAUUCCUAAUUCUGAAGAGGAAUGGAAAGUAGUGGCUUACGACUUUGAAAAUAGGUGGAAUUUUUUACAUUGCCUUGGCGUCAUAGAUGGAAAAUAUUGUCGCAUUGAUCCACCCUUGAAGUCUGGGUCUUUGUAUUAUAAUUAUAAAGACACGUUUAGUGUUGUCUUACUUGCUGUCGUUGACGCUCAACUGAGAUUUAUUUAUAUCGAUGUCGGUACAAAUGGAAGAGUGUCUGAUAAAGGAAUAUGGAACAAAAGCACAUUCAAGAACUUGUUAGAAAGAAAUGAACUGAAAAUUCCUCAACCAAGUCCUCUACCAGGCACUGAUAACAAUUUUCCAUUUGUCAUCGUAGGCGAUGAAGGUUUUAUAUUAUCUGAAAAUGUACUUAUACCUUUCCCCCUAAAGAACAAUGUUCUGGUAGAAGAGAGAAGAAUUUUCAACUACAGACAUUCUCGUGCCAGAGGACACUCUGAAAAUGCAUUUGGUGUCAUGGCCAGUCGUUUUCAAAUUUUUAGAUCUCCAAUGAGAUACGAUCCAGAUGAUGCCUGUGAUAUUAUAAUAGCUAUAUGCUGUCUACAUAAUAUGCUUCGGACUGAUGUUGUUAGCCGUGCCAUGUACACACCACCAUCAUAUAUAGAUACAGAAGAUGAGCUAGGAGGAAGUAUUUUCCCUGGUGACUGGAGAAAUGAACAAAUUCAGGGUUUAGUAGGGUUUCAAAAUCCAAGAGGCUAUCGUCAUGCUAAUCACGCUUUAGCAUUACGAGAAAUAUGAUGUAAAUAUUUCAUUGAUGUAGGGACGGUACCAUGGCAAGACAGAGCAAUUGAUCAUUGAAAUUAACUUAUCAGCUAAAAUGGCUAGAAAGUUUGUAAUCUCUUUUUAGUUUACUUA